CAGUCCGUUUCUUCAAACCGUUCCGGCCCUGCUUCUGCUGCCCCCAGCAUCACAGCGCAACACGGCAUACUCUGCAACUCUGCAAGCUCAUUCAGCACUCCACAGAACAUCCGACCCGACACAAUCAUGAGCGAAGUGGACUUGGACGAUGUCUUUGGCAACAUUGACGAUAUGGUUGCCGGCAUGCUCGACUCGAGCGUCUCGACGCCAAUUGAGCCGACGCCGCCCGCCCGCGUCGCCGCCGCACCCGUUUUCGCACCGGGCGUCCACGUCGAGCCCAAGGCACCACCGCCCAAGCCAACCACCGCACGCGCCGAGGAGAUGGAUCCAAACACACUGGCUGACAUUAUGGCGUCCGUGUCCAAGAUCAGCGACGCCAAGCACAAGGAGGAGGAGCGCCAGAAGCAAGAGGAGCGCAAGGCCGAGGAGGCGCGCAAGCACAGCGCAGCACUCGCUGAAAUGGCCAAGCAAGCGCACAACGAAGUCCAGCAAGCCGAGCGCGCCUCGACGCUCGCCGCCGCUUCCGGAGUGGUCGAAAAGAUGACCCAGAGCAUCGCGGGCGCUGUCGGACGCCUGGUGGAGGACCUCAAGCUCAAGCAGGGCAUGUACGUCGAGCGAACAAAGGAGAUUGUCACAGCCUGCGCACCCAUCCUCGCCGAGAGCAAGACGCGAUCGCAGCUCGUUGUCGACGAGCUGUCCCACAAGAACAUUGCUUCGUCGUCGCAAAUGCUGUACGACCGUUUGAAUCUUCUCGUGAAAGCCGCCAAGGACUGCCGGGCGGACGAAACGGUCGUGGCGCUCCAGACCCUGGCCGCGAGUGGCUUCCAAGUACUGAUCGCUGUGAAGGAGUUGCAUGCAUCGAUCAUCCAACAGAUUUCCGCCGAGUUGGACACGAUCAACAAAAAAUAAGGCUCUUGCACUUUUUGUUUGGUGUGUUUUGUGGCUCUUUUGUUGUUCCUUUAUGGUUAGAUUGUUUGGAGCACAGACAAUAUCAAAGUUUUUAUUUUAUUGUUUUGAUCGCUUGUGCCACGGACUUUUGACUGUGCAUUCGUGCAUCGAGCAAUACUGCACCAUAAAAGCACGCAUUAUGUUCCG